UGAAUGGAGAAAUGUUCUAUCUAUCCAAGAUGGUUGUAUACCAUAUCAAUCGAUGGAUGCUUGUACAUCGAUACAAUGAAUUUUGCCAGCGAAUUCAGCUUUCGGAUAUGGAGAGUGCGGAAAAGAAAAUGCUCUUCGAGGAGAACAGCACGGAGACGAUGCACGGCGACAUUGCCAUUUAUCGUUUAAGAUUUCGCACCUUUCCCGGCAGUGCAACGUUUCAGGCGACUGUACGACUCAAUCGUGAGCUCAAGAAAUUUGAUAAUUUCUAUGUGCCGGACAUUAGUCGGCUCAAUGCGUAUCAUAAUGAUUCGCUUUGUAUCAACGAUGUUAUUGGCAAAAAGUUCUGUGUGUGUUAUCCAAAUACAACAUUGGAUCCUUUUAUGAGCAAUUGGAAAGAACUAAAGUUGACCACUUUGCCAAGUUAAGAGAAAAUAUUUGUAAAUUCAUAGUAAAUAAAAAUUGUAGUGUGUGUCAUAAUAUUUAUUAAUCGAUUACAA